CAGGUGUCACUGUAAUACAAUCUCAGUACUAAGGAAAAGAGACUGCCUGCUCCUGUAACGAUUCUGGUGGUGCUUUGGCCAAGCGUGCCUGGUCAGGGCUCAGCGAUGGGAACUCAAGUUUAAUCUUGGUUUGGGGUGUUUUUUUCUUUUUCUGUUGUUGACUCUGUACUUUGCAGGUUCUUCUCCUGGUUGCAAGUUGCCUUCCAGCAGUUCUUGGCAGAGAGUUUCCAGGUUCAAAACCUAAGUGGAAGAGAGUGAGCAUUCCUGUCCUCACGUUGCAGGGAAGCUCCUGAGGUUGUCACCGUGACUGGACUGAUUCUGGUCAUAUAUUCAACCCUGUCCUGGUGGCUGCUGCAGGGAGAGGUGGCCCUGGGCAGGCUGGGACCCCAGGCUUCCUCCCAUGCAGGCGGCGUCCUCAGAGAAGGGUUGGGGGAGGUUUCCAGAGAAGGUGAACUGAUGGAGGACAGCAGAACGGACACCACGUCUGCUGCUGUGGGACAGAGCUGGGUCGCAAGGGUGGUGUUCAGGGUGUUUGAUUGAUGAAACACACUCUGUAGUUUUUCUUAAUUGUAUUUAACCUGUAUAUUUGCAAUUCUCUAUGGCUUUAUUUCAUUGUAUUAAGGUUUUGAGGGUUGCCUGCCAUAAUUUGGUUUGUCUUUCGAAGUAAAGCAUAAAUGUUGUUUCUGUUUCACUGCAUACGGGUGGAAUCUUGUUUUAGUGACUAGGGCUACAACCUGUUUUGAAUAUGAGAAGCUGUUUUCAUAUCCUGGAUAAAAAUCAUACUAGUGCCAUUUCAUCUGUGAAACUAAACAGAUCUUUUGAAUGAGAAAUUUAAAAAUUGGAUGUAUUAAAAAACCCCAACCACUUAGUGGCAAGUCAUUUUUAAUAAAGGUUCUUUUCUGCUGAUAGACUAAUAUUUGGUGCUGUAUCUUAAUAGUUACUGAGUUAUAAUGUAGUGGAGAACACAGUCCUGAUUUGAAUCGGCUGUUCCAUGUGGGAUUUGAAGGUGUAGAGCUAGGUGCAUCUGUGUGUUUGGUGUUUGUAACCAACUUUGAGGUAGGUGAUGUGAUCCCUCUGUCUGCGUAAGGUCUUACGGCAGUAUCUACUUCCUUAAUAAAAAGAAAUCCUAGGAGCUCCAGGUUGUAUACUCAGUAUCUCUUGAUUGGUAGGGCAGCCGGACCACGGGGUCCUCACUGUCCCUGGAUCCCAUCUCUUGGGCAUUUGUCGGUGAUAUGAGCUGCAUCUUUCCAGCCUCAGGCAAGAAUAAUCAUGGGCCAGACUGGGAAGAAAUCUGAGAAGGGACCAGUUUGUUGGCGAAAACGUGUAAAAUCAGAGUACAUGCGGCUGCGACAGCUCAAGAGGUUCAGGCGAGCUGAUGAAGUGAAGAGUAUGUUUAGUUCCAAUCGUCAGAAAAUUUUGGAAAGAACGGAAAUCUUAAACCAAGAAUGGAAACAGCGAAGGAUACAGCCUGUGCACAUCCUGACUUCUAAAAGCAGUGUGAGAUUAUAUACACUAUCAUUUUCAACAGAAGGGCUAGCCGAUUUAAAACCUGGCCAUUCACCUGCUCUUCCCUCUACGAUUUUCCAUAACACAGUUUUUACUUGGAACGAGCCUUCUGCCAAGAGUCUCAGUUUGGUUGUGUACUCCUACAACUAUUUUUGGCUUGACUUCCCUCUCCAGCUCCCAGUGGUCCAGCCACACAGUCGCCUAUUGUACCAGCUGGUUGAUUGUUCAGUAACCAGUGACUUGGAUUUUCCAACACAAGUCAUCCCAUUAAAGACUCUGAAUGCAGUUGCUUCUGUGCCCAUCAUGUACUCUUGGUCUCCCCUACAGCAGAAUUUUAUGGUAGAAGAUGAAACUGUUUUACAUAACAUUCCUUAUAUGGGGGAUGAAGUUUUAGACCAGGAUGGGACUUUCAUUGAAGAACUAAUAAAAAAUUAUGAUGGAAAAGUCCAUGGGGAUAGAGAAUGUGGGUUUAUAAAUGAUGAAAUCUUUGUGGAGUUGGUGAAUGCUCUUGGCCAGUACAAUGAUGACGACGACGAUGACGAUGGAGGUGAUCCUGACGAAAGAGAAGAGAGACAGAAAGACCCAGAGGGGGGCCGAGAUGAUAAAGAAAGCCGCCCACCUCGGAAAUUUCCUUCUGAUAAAAUUUUUGAAGCCAUUUCUUCAAUGUUUCCAGAUAAGGGCACAGCAGAAGAGCUAAAGGAAAAGUAUAAAGAACUCACCGAGCAGCAGCUCCCAGGCGCACUUCCUCCUGAAUGUACCCCGAACAUAGAUGGACCGAAUGCUAAGUCUGUUCAGAGGGAGCAAAGCUUGCAUUCAUUUCAUACACUUUUCUGUAGGCGAUGUUUUAAAUAUGACUGCUUCCUACAUCCAUUUCAUGCAACACCCAACACUUACAAGCGGAAAAACACGGAAACUGCUCUUGACAACAAACCUUGUGGACCACAGUGUUACCAGCAUUUGGAGGGAGCAAAGGAGUUCGCCGCCGCGCUCACGGCCGAGCGGAUAAAGACGCCGCCCAAGCGCCCCGGAGGCCGCCGGAGGGGCCGGCUUCCCAACAGCAGCCGGCCCAGCACCCCCACCAUCAACGUGCUGGAGUCCAAGGACACGGACAGCGACAGGGAGGCCGGGGCGGAGACCGGCGGGGAGAACAACGACAAGGAGGAGGAGGAGAAAAAGGACGAGACGUCCAGCUCCUCGGAAGCGAAUUCUCGAUGUCAGACACCGAUAAAGAUGAAGCCGAACAGCGAGCCUCCCGAGAACGUGGAGUGGAGCGGCGCCGAGGCCUCUAUGUUCAGGGUGCUCAUCGGCACGUACUACGACAACUUCUGCGCCAUCGCCAGGCUCAUCGGGACCAAGACGUGCAGGCAGGUGUACGAGUUCCGUGUCAGGGAGUCCAGCGCCAUAGCUCCCGCCCCUGCCGAAGAUGUGGACACCCCUCCAAGGAAGAAGAAGAGGAAACACCGGUUGUGGGCUGCACACUGCAGAAAGAUACAGCUGAAGAAAGACGGCUCUUCUAACCACGUUUACAACUAUCAACCCUGUGACCAUCCACGGCAGCCUUGUGACAGUUCGUGCCCUUGUGUGAUAGCACAAAAUUUUUGUGAAAAGUUUUGUCAGUGUAGUUCAGAGUGCCAGAACCGCUUUCCCGGCUGCCGCUGCAAAGCACAGUGCAACACCAAGCAGUGCCCGUGCUACCUGGCCGUGCGUGAGUGCGACCCCGACCUCUGCCUUACGUGCGGAGCUGCUGACCACUGGGACAGCAAGAACGUGUCUUGCAAGAACUGUAGUAUUCAGCGGGGCUCCAAAAAGCAUUUGCUGCUGGCCCCAUCUGAUGUGGCCGGCUGGGGGAUUUUCAUCAAAGAUCCUGUGCAGAAAAAUGAAUUCAUCUCGGAAUACUGUGGCGAGAUUAUUUCCCAAGAUGAAGCAGACCGAAGAGGGAAAGUGUAUGACAAAUACAUGUGCAGCUUUCUGUUCAACUUGAAUAACGAUUUUGUGGUGGAUGCAACCCGCAAGGGUAACAAAAUCCGUUUUGCAAAUCAUUCCGUAAAUCCGAACUGCUACGCCAAAGUCAUGAUGGUUAAUGGAGAUCACAGGAUAGGGAUUUUUGCCAAGAGAGCCAUCCAGACUGGUGAAGAGCUGUUUUUUGAUUACAGAUACAGCCAGGCUGAUGCCCUGAAGUACGUGGGCAUCGAAAGAGAAAUGGAAAUCCCUUGACCUCUGCUACCUCCUCGUCCCCCCUCCUCUGUGGAACAGCUGCCUUAGCUUCAGGAACCUCGAGUACUGUGGGCAAUUCAGAAAAAGAAAAUGCAGUUUGAAAUUCUGAAUCUGCAAAGUACUGUAAGAAUAAUUUAUAGUAAUGAGUUUAAAAAUCAACUUUUUAUUGCCUUCUCACCAGCUGCACAGUGUUUUGUACCAGUGGAUUUUUGCAAUAAUGCAGUGUGGUCCAUUUUUCAACUCUGAAUAAAGAAUACUUGAACUUCC